AUGCCCCCACGAUACAGUCGUGUUGCCGUGAUUGGCACUGGUCCUUCAGGACUGUCUGCUGUCAAGGCUCUCCAUGAUGAAAACACGUUUGACACGAUCCGGGUGUUUGAGCGGCGCGACCGGGUGGGGGGCAUCUGGCACUACGAUGCGGCGCCGGAUCCCUUCCCUAGCCCUAACGCUCUUCUCGAUGUGUCCAACCCGGCGCCCUCUGCGCUCCCUCAAUUCACUCCUCCUCUGCCAGAGAACACCACUGCCCGCACAGGCAUCUACUAUCACCUCGACAGUAACGUGGGAGCGAAGGCCAUGUCCUUCACCCACACUCCAUUUCCCGAGGUCAACUCGGCCCUCUCCAUCCGACAAUUUGGACCCGGGAAUGCCUCUCGUCCAUUCCGCGUGGUAGCCAACUACAUCGAGGAUCUCUUCCAACCCUACCUCCAUCUAGUCUCGCUGCAGACGACGGUCGAACGAGUGGAGAAGAUCGGCGAGGAAUGGAGACUCACCCUGCGGAAAUCCGGCCAGCUCUACCGCGGGGUCCCUCAAGACUACUGGUGGACCGAGGCCUUCGAUGCUGUGAUCGUGGCCACGGGGCACUACAACGUCCCCAACAUCCCCGAGAUUCCCGGGCUGGCCGCCGCGUGGGAGGCGUCUCCGCGUGCCUUGGAGCACGCCAAGGCCUUCCGGAGUGCCAACCACUACGUCAAUCAGCGCGUUCUGGUGGUCGGAGGCAAUGUCUCCGCCGCAGACAUCGUCACGGAAAUCCACCCCCUCGUGGCAGGGCCCCUGUAUCUCAGCCAGCGAGGGUCCAACCCCGUCCUCGAACCCGCCUGGACACUUUCGAAUGUGCAGCGUAAACCGACCAUUGCGCACGUUUCGACCACCGAGCAAGGGAUUACCGCGCACUUCACCGACGCCACCUCGCUGACUUUCGAUAAAAUCAUCUUCGCUACCGGCUACCGAGCCUCCUACCCCUUUCUUACCCCAGACCCUGUGACCCCGAACAAUCGGGUGGCAGGCUUCUACCAGCACAUCUUCCGCAUUGCCGAUCCCUCGCUGGCGUUGGUGGGACAGGUCCGUGCGGCUAUUAGUUUCCGCGUCUACGAGUAUCAGGCCGUCGCGGUGGCACGCUACUUUGCCGGUCGGUCGAGGGACCUCCCGAGUAAAGCGGAACAGGAUCAUUGGGAGUUCAGGCGCUUGCAAAGUAAAGGAAAUGGAGUUGCCUUCCAUGAGAUCAAACCAGACUUCAAGGAGUAUUUUGACUUUUUGGUGGAUCUGGCCGGGGAGGGAGCCGGUCUACCCCCGUGGGAGGACCGGUGGGCUGAGGAGGCGUUUGAGAUCUUGCAGGCCAAGGAGGCCUACUGGAAGAAGUUGAAGGCCGGGGAGAGCCAGAGUGUAGAGAGGGCAAAGCUGUAG